CCUGUGAAACGGUCCAAAUGGACAUAUUGCCCGCAAAUAAACGAACUCCGAAAAGAACAGGGAAUUGUUUACUUGUUUAUUUAAGAUUCUUCUGCUUAUCUUUCUCAUUAGUUUUCUCUUUCCUGUAUAUGCUUGGAGGCUUUAUCUUAUAAGAAGAAUGAAGGAACUUGCAUAGAAAUGUGUAUAUCUACGGUAUAGUAAGGGGUACUGGGCUAACAAUUAGUAUUUACAAAUAGUGGAAUAAAGCUAGCAUUUUUCCUUUUCUCUUUAACCAAGGGUCUUCUGCUUUUUUGUGUUAGAUUUACUUGGAUUAUGAUCGGAUGCUUAGAUGAUAUGUAACUCUUAUUGGAUUUCCUCUUUCAUUAUCAUAGAGAAAUGUAUAGGUCAAAUUGUUUGCCAAAAGGGAAUUUUGUCUUGUUUUUGUAUCUUUGAAAGCUGAAGAAUUCAGUUAUGGUUGUUUCCUUAUUCUAUUUUACUGUGUUGUCUUGGAUCUCCAUGUUAGAUGUCGAUGAUAGCAAAGAAAAGGAUCAGAGUUGGGAGUGUACCGCAGGCGGAUGACAUUGUAAAUGAUGGAGAGACACCCGAUUUUUCUAAUCAAGCAAGGCUUAGUUUGGCCCUGAAGCCGAACAAACGUGGCAAACAGGUUCAUGUAAGUAAAUUGAAGGACAUUGGGUCGAAUGUAAUAUCAACAAGAAAGUUGGGAAUUCAAUCUCCUUCAAUUCGAGGUGGAAUUAAAAGGAAGUACCUUGAAAUAGAUGGUUCUAUGCGAGAGCUUUCUUGUAAGGAACAUGUAGCUCAAUUUGGUAGUAUUUCAAGGACAGCUAAUCGUGCUAGAAUGGGUCCAAGAAGCAGUGACGGUGGUAUGGAAAUAGCUGAGCGCAGAAAUCCUACCCAGAGAGAUAUAGAAGCUGCACUAGCUUUGAUGCAAUUAUCAAAUGAUAUUUCAGGAUUUCUCAAGACUAAGAUGCAAUCACCAUCAUCAACGGAAGACUGCCUUAUUCAGCGAAACCAAAACAUAAGGAAAGCUGGCAGUGGUUCUACUUGGCCGCAGGCGGAGUGUAUGAACGAUGAUGCUGUUGAGCAGCAUAAUCUGUACAAGAGAUAUCAGAAAUUUGGGACUACAGAAGUAAGCUUACUGAAGCUGGAAAAGGCAGCAGACAGAACACACAUGGGUACGAAAGUUGAACAUGAUUACCAUCGCAUCAAGCCUGAAAAGGACCUGGAAGAAGGUGAACUGCCCAUUUCUUCUUUGAAGAGAAAGAAACUGCCUAAAUCUUCUUUGGAGAAAUGUGGUUUAAAGAAAGUGAAAGCUGAGCGAGGUCUGCUUGAAGGGUCAACAGCUUGUUCAUCCUUUGCUGUAUCAGAGGUUGGGAACAUUACAGUUCCAGAGCCAAAACCAUUUAAGAAGCUGCAAUUCAAUUCAAUAUGUCCCACUGCUCAUAAGGGGUUCUCAUUCUCUAUUAUUCAUUUUCUUUCUGCCAUUCGCAUAGCAAUGAUUACUCCAGUUUCAAAAGGUGAUCCUUUAGCAUUUAGCAAGUAUCCUGCUAAAAGCAAUCCUAAAAGUGUUAAAAGGUCUCAUGACAGGAAGGAAAUGAGUAAUUCACAAGGAGAGCAGAUCAAUUUACCUUGUCUCACUAUGCAUGAAAUUGUUGAGCGUGUGAGAUGGAAUCCUGGGGAUCCUUGUAUUCUUGAAGCCCAGGAGCCACUUCAGGAUUUAGUUAGAGGUGCUCUAAAAUUAUUUUCUUCAACAACAGCACCUCCUGGUGCAAAGGCCUGGAAGGCUCUCACUCUCUAUUCCAAGUCGAACAAGAGUUGGUCCUGGAUUGGUCCAGUAGAUAUUAAGGCACACAACAAUAUGAAGGAACCUGUAUCUUCAGAAGCUUGGGGUCUUCCACACAGUACCCUUCUGAAAUUGACCAAUUCCUUUGCAGAUUGGUUGAAAAUGGCUCAAGAGAGUCUCCAGAAGAUUAGAAACCUUCCUGCACCACCCUUGACUUUGAUGCAUCAGACUGUCAACAUGAAGGAAAGAUUAAGAGAGGUUAGACCUAGAAAGAUCGUGGCUACUAUCAGUCGAUGCCCUGAGGAAAUAAGGGACUAUUUUCGCAAGGAAGAAGCUGUUAGGUAUUCUGUUCCAGAGAGGGCCUUUUCUUAUACUGCAUUAGAUGGUAGAAAAUCCACCGUUGCUCCACUGAGAAGGCAACCUCAGAUAACAUUAGAGCCAUGUGGAAUAAGUGUUAACAUACUGCAAAGGCCUUAA